AAUCGCCCGCUGUUGGUUGCUUCGUUAUUGCCGUGGCUCGUUGCGCGUUGUGAGUGAAAAUUGUCGUUGGCCGUUUACCUUCCUUACAAUACGAAAUUCAGUUAGUCGAACGGAGCAGCAGCAGCAGCAACAGCAGCAAAGCAAAAGCAACAAUAUGCAUUAAAUGUCUUUUACAUCUUUUCGUUUCGUUUCGGUUUCUAUAUGUUUCGGUCUCGGUCUCCGGUCUCGGUUUCUCUGUUCUGUGUAUACCCUGUGCGCGAGUGUGGAGCUAAGCCCAACAAAAAAAAAUAAAAAGUUGAAUUGAAUUAAAAAAAAUGCUUAAAAUUUAAUAAGCAAUAGCAGCGCGGCAUGCACAUGCCAAAAUAAUAAAAAAAUAUGAAAAGAGCAUAAUGUGCGAUCAUCGCAGCGUUAAUUCUUCUUGUUGCUUGUGCAGCGAAUUAUGAAAUGUGUCAGCGAAAUAUGUUAAAUGCAUAAAAAAGAAAACGUGUUUUCAAAAUCCUUCGUUUCAAUUAUAAAAGAAACGCUUUACAUUUUAUAAAAGCUGUUAAAAUCCAAAAAUCCAACAGCCAAAAGCAACAGCAGCAACAACAACAAAUAAACAACACAAAAGGUGAUAAUGAUUAUUUCCAAGGAUCUUUUCAUAUUUGGCGAACAAAUUUUUGCAACAAUUAUUCCAGAAGGUGGAGCCGCUCUCGCCACGCAGCAGCAGCAGCAACAGCAGCCGGCAAUUAUAAAUACAACAACAACAGCAGCAACGUCGGCAGUAAACUCAGCAACAACAACGGCAGGAGCAACAACAGCAACAGCAGCAGCAACAGCUGAACAAGUUGUAGAGGAGUCAUUAAAAGCCGUAGCAGCAACAGCAGCAACAGUAGGACAGCAACAGCAACAACUGCCAGCAGCAGUUAAUACUAAAACAUCGUCGUCGACGUCGCCGUCGUCGUCGUCAUCAUCAUCAUCGCGAUUGCUGUUGACUAAACAGGAAACAGUUGCAGUUGUUGCUGCUGCAGCCACCGCGCGUUCCCUGCACAGCAGCAACAUCAACAACAACAACAACAAUAGUUUGCUGCGCAGUGUCGGCAAAACAAAAAUUCAAAAAAUUCCAAAGGCAGCUGAAGAAUUGAAAGCCAAGAAGCAAAAGGCAAAGUGUGAAUCGCUCAAGUCGCAGACACAUUACGAAAAAAUGUCAUUGAAUCAAUUGGAGGUGGUGGAAAGUGUUGAUGAGGCCAAAGCCAAAGCUAAAGCUCAAGCUAACGCCGACGCUGACGUCGACGUCGACAGCGAAUCAGCAGCCAUGGAGCAGGUACCGUUGGUUGGCUACCCUCGCCUACGUUUGGCCAAAAUUAUUGCCGAUUGUCGGCGACAAAUCGAAGUGCAGCCAAUUGCAGCAGCAGCAGCAGCCACAAACACUGCAACAGCAGCAGCAGCACCAGCAGCAGCAGCAACUUGCAGCGAAUCAACAACAUCGUCAUUAUCUUCAGCAUCAUCAUCAGCGUCUUCGUCAUCAACAACAUCCUCGGACUUUACGCACACAUCACAAACAACUUUACCAAGUACGGAUAAUCUGAGCAAAACUUGCAUUUUAGUUGAUGCCAAAAGCGCUGUUGACACAUUGCCAUAUUCGUUUAUUAAUACUGCAACGCCGCAGCAGCAGCCGCAGCAGCAGCAACAUCAAAUUAUUGCCAUGCCUGCCACACAGCAACAGCAACCACAACAGCAACAACUACAACAACAACAACAACAACAGCAGCAGCAGCCCAGCAUACAGCUAACAUUUCAGAAUGUAAGCUUGUUGCACAAUGAACGCGAAAUACUUUCCGAUGUGAGUGGAUUAGUCAGUCCCGGCGAGGUGCUGGCCAUAAUGGGACCCUCGGGCAGUGGCAAGACCACGCUGCUGGAUUGUCUCAGUGGGCAGCGGCAUUUUGAUAGCGGUCAUGUGUAUCUGAAUCGCGAGCCGCUGUCCAAGAAGUGGCGCCGCAAGAUUGGCUAUGUGCUGCAAGAGGAAAUCUUCUUUACGCAGCUCACACUGAGGGAGACGGUCAUGUAUACGGCGCUGCUGCGUUUGCCCGAGUCGAUGCCGCGUGCGGAGAAGCUGCGUUUGGUGGAUCACAUACUGGAGACACUGGAGCUGAGCAGCUGUCAGCAAACCAAGUUCGGUGACUAUCUGAAUCGUGGCCUAAGCGGUGGCGAAAAGAAACGCGCCAACAUUGCCUGCGAGCUGUUAACCAAUCCGCUGCUAAUGCUGCUAGAUGAGCCCACUUCAGGACUGGACAGCCACUCGGCUAUAUCGCUAAUGAAGGUGCUGAAGCGCUAUGCGCAGCUGGAGCAGAAGACAAUUGUGAUAAGCGUGCAUCAGCCGUCGUCGCAAAUGUUUCAUAUGUUCGAUAAGCUGCUGCUGCUGCAUCAGGGACGCACCGCGUACUUUGGUGAGGUGCAGCAUAUCUACAGACAUUUCGAAGAUAUAGGCGUGCGCAUUAAGCCGCAUUAUAAUCCAGCGGAUUUUGUUUUGGAGCAGCUGAAAUCGCAUCCGGACAUACGCGAAAAACUUUUCAUUGCCGCGCGUGAGUCGCAUGGCAACUAUUUGAAUCGCAAUUGCAUUAGCAGCCAGCAAAAGUCCAAGAAGCAGCAGCAUAGCAUUUUAAUCAAUGAUAUCAUUGACAACUAUUACAACGAUCAUCACCACCAUCAUCAUCAUCAGUUUGAGCAUUUGCAUCAUGCUGCAACUGGCUGUGAAAUUGAUGAGGAAGCUGCGCAGCAUUUGGUUUGGUGCGGCGGCGAUUCGCAAUCGAAUUUUAGCAGCUGCGCUUCGAGCGAUUGUCAUUCCUACAGCGCUGGUGGCCACGCUGCGUCCAAUGACUGCGAUGAUUGGUUGGCCUAUCCCACGCGCUUUCAUACGCAGUUCAGCGUGCUGUCCAGCCGCAACUUCAAGGAGGCCAAGCCGCGCAUGCUGUCCAAGCUCAAUUGGUUUCAAACCAUUGGCUUGGCUUUGAUGGCGGGCGCCAUUUGGUUUCAGCUGCCGCGCACUGAGGAGUUUCUGCACGAUCUGCAGGGCUGGAUGUUCUUCUCGCAAACCUAUUGGAUGCUCUUUGCGCUCUUUGGUGCGCUUAACUCAUUCCCCUCGGAGCGUGAGGUCAUUAGCAAGGAGCGACGCUCGGGCGCUUAUCGACUGUCGGCUUAUUAUUUGGCCAAAAUGUGUGCCGAGCUGCCGCUGGUCAUAACGCUGCCCACAGUCUACCUCAUGAUUAGCUAUCCCAUGCUUGGCUGCAGCAGUUUGAAGUUGUUCUUUUUGAUGCUCAUCUUUUUGCUGUUGAACACGAUUGUGGCGCAGAGCGUGGGCUUCUUCAUAGGCGCCUGUUGCAUGGACAUGAAUGUGAGCAUUACGCUCAGUGCGCUCUAUACGCUUGCCACGCAGCUCUUUGGCGGUUAUCUAUCGUCACGCAUUCCGGAAGGUCUCAGCUGGAUACGCUACACAUCGAUGAUACACUAUGCAUACCAGAAUAUGCAGAUACUGGAGUUUCGCGAGGGACCAGCAAUUAGCUGUGGCACACCCAGCAGCUAUGAGAUAUGCAAACAGCAGACAACCGAAUUCAUUCCAUAUGAGGAAAUACUCAAAGCACAAAACUCAACAUCACCACUCUGGCUGAAUACGCUAAUCCUGAUGAUGUUCUUUCUGGUAUUUCGCGGAUUGGGCUAUGCGGUGCUGCGCUAUUUGCGUUGCCCCAAAAAGACGUGAUAACACACACAGCAGACAACGAACCAGUGAUAAAUACGUAAUUAGUAAUUUCAUCAUGCGAACAUUUUGUGGUAAAAAGAAAUACGAAUUUGCCUGAAACACACACACACAAAUGUUGAACAAAUUACAAACGUGCGCCAAUUUUGUGAUUCAAAUCUUCAAGCCACAUAAUUAUUAUUAUUAAUUAUUUACCUACUAUUUAGUUUAUUUAUAUGCUAUACCUAUAUUUACUUCUAUAUACAUUACAUAUAUAAUGGCAAAACGGCAGGCGCUAUCCCAAAAUUAGUUUGUUGCUUCUUCUUUAGUAGUCAACAAAUUUCAAAUUUGUUUUAUGCAUUUUAAUUGU